AUGCUACAAAGCUGGCGACAGGCCCUCUGGGCCCUUCUUAUGCUUGUCUCCGUCGCUCAGGCCCAAUUCAACUUUUUCGAGCAAAUGUUCGGAGGCGGCGAGCAGCAACAGCGUCAACAGCAGCGGUCGCAAAACUCCCCAAGCGACAGCAGCCGAUACCAACAAAUGUGGAGUGGGGCCCAAUGCGACAACUACCUCUGCCCCGGAACUCUUGCGUGUGUACACUUCCCACACCACUGCCCGUGUCCCCACCCCGAUGUGGAGGAGAAGGUCGAACUCGGCGAAGGAAGUGCUAUCUGUGUGUCGAAGGGUGGAUACAAAGCAGGCGAAGCUGCGCGGAAAAUCGAGUUGGCUCGUAAGGGUCUUCUGUGA